AUGGCAGCAACGAGGCGACCUGUGGAGGCCGCCAUGUUGUACGGCACAAGGGGGCGCCAUGUUGUACGGAGCUGGGGGCAGCAGUUGCACGGCGCCAAUGUGUCGUCACGGGCGCGGGGCGGGCCGUUGGAUUUGAACGGGGCGGCGGCCGGGGAGCGGGAACCUGGAGCAGGGACCCGGAAACCGGGAUUCGGGAGCGGGGGGCCCGGAGCUGGAGGAAAAGCACAUCCUUCAGCAAUGGACAAGAUUUACACAGACCCUAACAUGGAAAAUGAUAACACAGAACACAUUAGAGGGAAGCGUCUGUCCUCUAUUUUAAAGGCUCCACGAAAUCCUCUCGAUGAUCUGGGAAAUGGGAAUGAAAUUACCCAGGACAUCCACACGGAGAGACGCAGGAGGAGCUCGCGCAGGGUCAGCUUCGCCAACACCAUCGACUGCAGAGUCUUCCAAAGAGAUCUUAAGAGCAGCACAUCAGAGACAAAAAAUACAGGGUGUUCAGCAGAUGGGAAGGAUGAUACCUUGACUGAUGAGAAUGAAGACCCUGGGGCUGUUUCAUGUGAGAUCACUGGGAUGAGCACUUUGCUUCAUGCCCCCAUCCAGGCCUUGGGGCAGCAGACUGAGUGGCAUGAUGUGGACCAUGGGGCUCCAAGGACGGACAGGAUGGACACCACCCUCCUCUUCUCGGAGGAGAACGAGAUGGAGAUGACAGCCAGUCACACAGCCGUGAUCUCACGGAACCUCAGAGCCCCCCAGCCUGACAGAACCGAGAAAAUCGACUUCAACUCCUUCUUGGCUAAGCUCAACCCCAGCCAGGGGAAGGCAGAAACCAGCAAGGAGCUGAGUUUGCUCUCUGACCCCACAAACCAUCCGGGCCCCUCUUCGGAACAGAAGGAAGAAGCCACUACUGUGAAAAAAAUAGAUUUUGGUGAAUUUCUGCUGAGGCUGAAGUCAAACAAUCCUGCUGAGACACCUGACAAUGACAGUGUUUUCUGUGCCCCUUCCCAAGGCUCGGGAGACCUGACACAACUGUCUGGGGAAUUUGGGUAUUCCCACGAGCUGCCAGACACCUGCAAUGUGACAAAAGUGUUCCGGGGCCGGGAAGGUGGGAUGGAGAUGACAAAAUGUGAGGCAGCUGAUGUUAAAAUUCCAUUUGCUGGCGUCAGGGAGGCUCCACCAGAGCAGUGGGAAUGUGCAGAUGUCACCCAGGCGUUUGCAGACGAGGGCAUGGACGUGACAACCAGUCACACUGCAAAGGUGUCCUUUGCUCUCUCCACUGUUGGGAACCAAAGUCUCAACUUCCCAAAGGAUUUCCCACCCACAGAGAUAGAUAGCUCUGUGUUCAGGAGAGCAUCUAAUCACAACUUAAAUGUUCAGCAGGACCCUCAGCUUUGUGCAGACACAAAAACAGCAAAUGCUGAAGGCAGAGGAGACCCCUCAGUGCUGCGAGCUGGGAAACAGGAGGGCAGGGCAUUGACUGCCAUCCAGGGAUCUGUUUCAUCCGAGACCGUCUUCAGAGGGGACAAAACUGUUGUGUUUUCCAAGUGUGAUGACAUGGAAAUGACUGGGAAUUACACAGACAUCAUCUAUAUGGCCAGCACCACAGAAGAGGACAGUUCAUGCCAUAAAGCCUGUGUAAAGCCAGUGAGCACCAACCCUCCACUCACAGGGAGCAGAUCCCCGGCAUAUGGCAGCAUCCCAAAGGGUCUGGCACCUGGAGAUAAUCCUGCUGCUGGGCCCUGUAAAAUCAGUGCACUUGAACUGUCUUCAGCCUCAAGUGGACACAUGGAAAACGUGUCCCAGGCUCGUGGUCCUGCUGCAGCCAGCACUGGGUUUGGCUCACAUACGCAGUCGGUGGCUGGCAGUGUUCUGAAGAGCAGGUUUGAUCCCUCUGCAAACCCCCAGCUUGUUUUUUCAGGUGAGAAGACAGUAAUAUUCGCAGGAGAAGACAUGGACUUGGCUAAAACCUGUGUUAAGGAUGGUGGAAUAAGUGUUGAUAAUGAACAUGACACUGUAGUGUUCACCUCUGUGACCUGCAAGCCUCAUUUCCUGGGUAACAGAUCCAUGUCUUCCAAUGUAACUGAGCAGGAAGAAAUGGAAAUAACAAGAUGCCACACUGUUUUCUUUGAUGGCCAAAGCAGUGGGAUAACAGCAGAACCAAAACAAAUGCCCUGUAAAACCAUUCCAAGAAAGAACCAGAACAAAAUUGUCACUGAGGGUGACAUAUCUGCAUAUUCUGUAGAUAUGGACAAGGAAAAUGUUUAUGUGAGGAAUAUUGAUGGGAAUAUUAAAAAGAGCCAACCUAUUGAAAGGAGUGCUCAAGAUACUCAGGUGAUAAUGGCUGAUGAGAAGCUUGGAAAAACCAACUUCCAGGCAAGUGAUCUGAAUUCCUGUGCCAAGAACACGUCUUUGUUACAAGAGCAAAACAGAGGAGUCCCCAAGAAUGUUGUCACUAACACCAGUGCAUCCCUGUUCCUGCAAAGCCAAGGAGUUGUAUCACAGCCUCUGGAAAAAAGCCUUUCAGAUUUCUGCACAAAUGACACAACACACAUGUUUCUAGGUGAUCAAAGCAUGGACAUAACCAAAGCUCAUCCUGCUGCCUUUGAGAUUGCUCCUGUUAACACUGAACAAGAAUCCAGUAAUUAUAAUCAAAAUGCUGCACUAUCCAAGCAGCUGCAAAACCAGCCCUUCCCAUUUUCCAGUCAUCCUGGCGUGGAUAUUGUGAGUCAAACUGCAGCAAUGGAAUGUGAGGACUUGAAAAUGAACACCAGUAAGCAAAUUGUUACUGCUUUGGCUCCAAGUGGUUCAUUUUCUUUCAGUAACAAUCCUGCUCCCUCUGGAAUGAGAGGAAAUCAACAGUUUGGAACAGGAAUAGGAAUAAAUGCAGACAGCCAAAACUCAGAGAGGCAAGAGGAACCUGUGAGAGCACUAAGCAAAACAUUGCCAGCCGAAGGAGACUCUGACAGACAUUUUUCCAUGGGUGAAACAUGUUCUUCAAGAGAGGAUUUUAAAACUGCUCCCUCAGCUCAUGGGCUGCUCCAGAGGGGUGAGGAAGAACCAGUGUGGGCCAGGACAUCUGAGGCACCCAAGGGAAGUUCCCAGCUGUCUGUCUUUGGAGAAAAGUCUGUUGAGCAUCCCUGUGGUGAAAACAUGGACACGACUGGCAGGUGUGUGGUAAUGGUUCCAGAUAACACCAUCAACGUUUUGUCACAAAGCAAAGCAGCACCUGGAUGCUUUGAUCAAGGUGGGAAUGAAACAGUGUCCUUACAAAAAGAGGCCACGAUGACAAUGCCAGUGGAGCGGGGUGGGUGGGAGGCUGCAGGUGGCAGAACCAUCAGUUUUGCUCCAGCUGAGGAUAUGGAGAUCACCACCACUCACCCAGCACAGCAGAGACAGCCCAUCCUAGCCAUUCCUGCUGACAAAACCAUCGUGUUUGCCCAAGGCCAGGAGGACAUGGACAUCACUGCAUCCCACACCGUUGCUGUCAGUAAGAACAUCCAUGGGUUUGAGAGCCAGCAGCCACCACAGGACGUGCAUGGUGGUUUGGUGCCCUGCAGAGGCGAAAUGGAUUCCUCACAGUAUGCCACAGAACCUAAGGAUAAGCCCAGCAUUCCCUCUUCUGCUUCCUCAGACUCAGCAUUUCCUAGUGAGAAAGGAGCUACCCAGGUUCCCAGUGGCACAAAAACUAAUUCCAUUUAUUCUGUCUCUCUUCAGGAAAGUCCUGUGUGUGUGGGAGCACAGGAUCAUGACCUUCCCACAGAUAAUUCAGUCCUUGUAAGCAGGGAGCAGGAUGUCACACCACCAGAAAAACUGCAAUCAAAGGGAGUAUCUUUCGAGUUCCAAAGUGAGGGCCCUGUGGAUCACAGGGAAGAAAGUGGCAGUUUGGGAUCCUGUGUUGCCUUUCCCAUGCAGGGAUCAAAUCCUUGGAAGGAUCAUCCAGAUGCCCCUGGUACUCAGAGAAACCAGUUAGUGGAAGAGGAUUCACCUCACUGUGGAGAUUCAGAUUUGGGCUUGGCUGGAGCAAACCUCCUUCCAGCUGCUAACAAGGAAUCCAAGAAAAAUGAGGAGCUGUCAGCUGAAGGGGAGGUGCCUCCAAAAGACUUUCAAAUAAACUCUGAACAAACUAGGCAACCUUUGAUCAGUGAUGGUUCAGGGGAUCAGGCACAUCCAACUCUUGCACCAGAAGCCUCACGUACUUUAGGUAUUUGUUCAAAAGUGCUAGAUAUGACAAGGAAAUCUGUUUCUGUUUCCAAAACUGCUUCUUCUGACCAAUUGCCCAGUUUCUCAGCUCAGCCAGAGGAUACCCUGAGGUUGGGAGAAAACACUGCCAGUGAAGCAAAUAACUUACUUGAUACCAAAAAGCAGGAGAACACAGGUCUGGAAUCUGGAGCUGAUCCCAUAGGAAUGGCACCUAAGGAUAAAUAUCCAGGAAUAAAUAUCCCUCUGGGUAUUUUCCAGCCUAAAUUACCAAACAAGAGGAAUCGUGUUUCCAGUGCACAAGACAUAAAUACAAAAUCAGACAGAGUAGAAGCCCCAGCUCCAACAAACACCAGUGAAACCCCAGGUAACAAGUCCAGCAGGCAGAACUUCAGUCCUUUUCAGUUCAUAGCAGAAGAAUUUCUCCCUGUGUGCCUGGAGGAAAUGGAUUCCAAUGAAUCUGUCAGCUCUGAACUCAUGGAAAACGCUUGGGAUGAUAAAAAUAAAAACCAAAUCCCCCACUCUGAAAAGGAUCCAUUUGAAGAGACAAGAACUUGCAACAUGAAAAGAGCUUUAGGACACACUGAGGAGGAUCUACAAAGCCCAAAGAAGGCCAAGAGGGAUCGAGAUGUGGAUGCUGGGGCCUCUCAAAACUUGGAGGACCAAGCAGAAGUUGAUGCAGCUGGAGAACCUCUAAAUCUCUCAGCUAAAAGUCCUGUGUGUCCUCAGGCCAGCACCAGCAGCUCCCUGGAUUCUGUGAAGGCUGACGUAGAGUCAACAAUCCAGCGCAGCAGUCAGAUGCAGUCCCAGCUCCUCACAGACAGCAUUUGUGAAGAAAAUUUAUGGGAGAAAUUUCAGAGUGGUACUAUCACAGUUGGGGAGUUUUUUAGCCUCCUUCAAGUCCAUGUCGUGAUUCAGAAGCCCCGGCACAGCCAGCUUCCAGCCAGUUGUGCAGUCAGUGCACCUCCCACUGCAGAGGCUCUCAUCUACAGCCAGUACGUUCACCGGCCCAAGCUGAGGAUUUAUGAGGAGGAUUGCCAGGACCUGUGUCAGAAAAUUGAGGAGUUAAAACCACAUGUGACUGUCCUGGAUCAGCCCCUGGUGAAUGUGAUCAGGAGUUUGUGGGAAGUAAUGAGAACCUGCACUGAUGAAGAGCUGAGCAUGUUUGGAGCAGAACUGAACAAGAUGAAAUCCUGUUUCACCAAGGAAGCUAAAAUCUUGUCUCACAAUGAGAAGGAGACAUUGUACAGGAAACUGCUGCAGAGUGCUGAGGAGCAAUACAAAAAGCUCCAAUCAAGAAUACAAAAGGUGGAUGACUGGAUGAAGGAGGCAGAGAGCUCCGUGGUUACUCUGGAAUCAGAUUCCUUUUGGGAUGAAGAGGAAGCUGGCUGCAGUGCUGGAACAGCAGGAGGGCAGAACAUACAGGAAGAAUUGCAAAGCAUCACAGCCCAAGAAGAGGAACUUCUGAGAGAACUGUCAGAGAUGGAUGCUGAGGAUGAGCUUGAUUUGGCUGAGAUGGAGAAGCUCAAGAAGAAUGAAAGGGCCUGCCUGGAAAUCCUGAAGAAAUAUGACUUCACUGAGUGGGAGUUGGUGGAAUGGAGUGAGCAGCAAGCUGUCUUUAAUUUUCUCUAUGAUUCUGUGACACUCACAGUCGUGUUUGGACCCCCAAUAGAUGGUGAAUUUUUUGCCGCACGUCCUUCCAGAAGCAUCGUUAGCCUGGACUUUGAAUCUUUCCUGGAUGAGGAACAAGCUCCACCCUCCUCGUGUUUAGUCCAAAAACUCAUCUUCCAGUUUAUUGAAAGUCGGGGAAGCUGGCAGGAAAAGUGUCCCACACUGUGCAACUUGCCUCAGGCUCUCUUUGACAUCUCCUUGGUGGUGAAUCGCUGCAAAAUCUUGGGAGAGGAGUUGGAAUUUCUGCAGAGGUGGGGUGCAAAAUUCCAUCUCCUGGAGACAGAUAUCAAAGGCACAGAGGUGAAGCUUCUGUUCUCCUCUUCGGUGGCUUUUGCAAAGUUUGAGUUGACUCUGGCUCUCUCUCAUGAUUAUCCAUCUGCUGUACUUCCCUUUGGGGUCCAAACCCACAUUGGGAAUAUCGGGGAAAAGGAAAUUGCUGCUGUUCUCUCCAGAGUUCCAGCUGGACACCACUAUCUGCAGAGAAUAGUCAUCUCCAUCCAUCAGAAUCUGCUCCAGGGUCCCAGAUGAUCUGCUCCAUCCACAGGCAGGACUGAAGCAGUCAAAAUGGGUAGUCUGUGAGUUUAGUCUUAUGAGAAUUCCAGCUGUGUCUCCCUGAAACAGGAAUGCUGUCACCCACUCAGCUCUAGUAUUCCUGCCUGUUUAGUAUCCUUGUGGCUUAGACCAAGUAGAAUGUUUGGUGUAGGCUACAAGUUUUACAAAAGCAGGGUGUCUAAAGAGAAGAAGGAAAUUCCUAGAUCCCUUGUAAAUUCAAGGUGCCUUUUAUCUUCUGUGAGUCACUGGUGGUCAUUCCUGGCACACAGUCAUGAUUGGAUACUCAUUCCAAGCAUGGAUAUUCUUCUGCCAUUGCCCAUAAAUUUUGUCACUUACAGAGCUCUUUGACAAAGCAAUGAUGAGUGUGCUCUAAAUUAUUACAACUGGAAUUUACUUUUGCUGUUAUUUCACUACCACGUACAGUUUAACAGAUCCCACCACAUCUGGUGUUUAUCCAUUGCCUGGCACCUCUCCCAGGCCAGACACUAUAUCCCAGCAUCUAAUUAAUUAACCAGUUAACCUAUAGCAAUUAACCCCAGUCACCAAAGUCAGAAACAUUUUUGGAAUUAAGGCUAAAAAUCCCUGUGCUUGCCCACAGACUUUGGGAUGCAGCAGCCUCAAAGCCAUCACUGUGAUUCUCUGGCUGAAUUUCCUUCUUUGCCUUAGUCCAGCACUAUCUCUGGGUGCUGGGGCGCUGUCUCAGUUUGGAAUGCCAUGGAAUUUCAGCAAGGAGACUGAACUCCUUAAACCUGGGAGUAUCUGUGGGCUCUAGCCUGGUUUUGUGUAUAAUUUUGUGUAUUAUGUGAGUCUUGCUGUUGGAACUUGCCCUGACUGUGUUGCUGAGCCAAAGCACCAACCCUGGCUCAGCUCUCAGUUCUGCAGCUGCAAAUCUUUGUGCCCUGUAAAAUAUGUUGAAUUUAAAAAUGUUUUCCUGUAUUGUAGUGUUUAUAUAUUUUGUCUUUUUAUGGAGUUUGUGUCUGUUUGAAAAGUGGAAGUUUAAUAAAGAUUGGAUUUAUCACUC